AACUUGCAUUGAGCUCCAAAAAGUUCACUAUCCAAACACUUCCCCAUAUCUUUCUCUUUCUUAUCACCUCUUCCACAUCUCCAAUCUAAAAGUGUUUUUGCUUCAAUGGAAACUCAAAACCAAUUAGCUGAAACAAAAAUUCCUCAAGAAUUGCUUCAAUUUUCAUGUCUACCAGAUGAAAUCAUCAUUGAAAUACUCUUGAGGUUACCAGUAAAAUCUCUCUUGAAAUUCAGGUGUGUUUCAAAAUCUUGGCUUUCUUUACUCUCAACUCCAUAUUUCAUCAAUACCCAGAUCAAAUUUUCUGUUAAAAAAUCCAAAAAUGUGAAUCUUAGACUUGUUAUAGUAGCUUCAGUAUCUGGUUUAAUGGGUAAAAUGUGUUCUGUUUACUCUCUAGAUUGUGAAAAUUCCUCUGUAAAUGUUGAUAAAAUUGAUUACCCAUUAAAAACCCCUUUUAGAUCUGCAAAAUUUUUGGGUUCUUGUAAUGGGUUGAUCUGUUUAACCCCAAUGUCAUUUAAACUUAUGAUAUGGAACCCUGUUACUGGAAAACACAAGGAAUUUCAAGAUUCAUUUGUUCAAUGUGCUGUAAAUUGUUAUAUUAGAUAUGGGUUUGGUUAUGAUCAUGUUAAUGAUGAUUAUAAGAUGGUUAAGAUCUUUAGUUUUCCGCGAAAUGAGGGGAAAUAUGAGAAUAAGGUUAAGAUUUAUAGCUUAAAGGAUGAUUCUUGGAAAAUGGGUGAGGGGUUUGGUAGUGGUUAUGUUAAUGCACAAUCCGGGAUGUGUUUGAAUGGAUAUCUUCAUUGGGAGGUAAGCCAUUGUCGCGAUUCUGGUGGUGGUGGUUCUGGUGCUUGUUCUGAGAUAAUGACUUUGGAUUUGGCUACGGAGACAUAUGGGGUAAUGGCAUUGCCUAGUUGUGGAAAUGGGAGUACUAGUUGGUCGUUGAGUGUUUUAAAUGGAUGUUUAGUUGCUUGUUGCAACUAUGAGCCGGAUAGGACGGAUAUGUGGGUGAUGAAGGAGUAUGGUGUGGAGGAGUCGUGGACUAAGUUGGUUUCUAAUCUCACGGCUCCCUCUGGUCGUUUAGGUUAUGUCUCGCCUUUGUCUGUGUCGGAGAAUGGUGGUGAAGUUUUAGUGAGGCUUGGUACUAAUAUAAGUUUGUACAACGCGAGGAAUGCUUCACAUGAAUCAUUGGACAUUCAUUCAUUGGGUUAUUGUCUUCAAGUACAAGCGAUUACUUACAAUGAGAGUCUAGCUUCGCCUAAUGUUGGUGAUAUGUAAUUAGCUCGGAAAGUUAUGACUUUGAAGAAUAGUGGAAAUGAAAACUUCUAUUGGAUAAUAGUUGCAUGUUGCAACUAUUAUCCGGAUAGGAAGGAUAUAUGGGUGAUGAAGGAGAACGGUGUGAAGAAUAGUCUCUCUUCUACGGUCUCCCUAUGGUCAUAUGGGUUAUGUCUCGUCUUUGUUUGUGUCAAGAGAACGGUGAUGAAGGUUUAGUGAAGGUUGGUACAGAUACAAGUUUUCAUAACACGAGGAACGCUUCAUACAGAUCCUCAGAUACUCAUGCAAGUAGUUACUAACAUCAAGACCCUACCUACGCCUCGUGUUGGUGAUAAGUAAUUUAGCUUACAGCAAAGAAAUUACUCUGCUUGUGUUGUUCUUUCUGGAGAUUUACUAGCUAUGUUGCAUUCCAUGUUGUAUUUUCGCGCUUCGUCUAGUUAAACGAUCGUCACAUGUAAUAUUAAUGUAAAGUUCUUGUUGUUAAAACUACU